AUAUAUUAUAUAAGUAAAGCCUCAACGAGUUGUUUGUUUCUUUGAAUGGCAGCCAAAGAUGGAACUGAUAUUACAGCGGUGUACAAAGUUAACCUGCACUGCCAACAAUGUGCUCGAGAUAUCAAAAAGCCUCUCAUGAGAAUGCAAGGAGUUCGCAGUGUAGAUGUUGAUUUUCAGAAAUCUGAGAUCAAGGUUAAGGGUGUGAUCGAUGUUAUAGAAUUUCAUAAGAAGGUAGAGAAAUUGAGCAAGAAGAAGGUCCAGUUGAUACCACCACAACUUAACAUCAAAAUCGCUGAGAAGAAAGUGGAGGAAACCAAAGCAACGGUGCACAAGACGUCAAUAAAAGUUAACAUGCACUGCCGGAAAUGCGAGGCUGACCUGCAGAAUAUGUUAUUGAGGCACAAAGGUAUUUAUAGUGUGAAAACAGACUUGAAAACACAAACUUUAAUAGUUGAAGGAAUUAUGGAAUCUGACAAAGUGAUAGCUUACAUUAGGAAGAAGGUGCAGAAGCAUGCAGAAAUCGUAACCUCAAAACCUGAGAAGAAAGAGGAACAAAGAGAAGAGAAAUCCUUGAAGUCGGCUGAAAUUGUAGAACUCAAGGCAAUACCGUAUUUUGUUGAUCAUUACGUCUAUGCUCCUCAGUUGUUUAGUGAUGAAAAUCCUAAUGCUUGCAUUAUCAUUUAAUUAGAAACCUCAUAUAUAUAUAUAUAUAUAUAUAUAUAUAUAUAUAUAUAUAUAUAUAUAUAUAUAUAUAUAUAUAUAUAAUGGUAAAUUAAAUUCAAACGUCUGCGGGUUGUUGUAAUUUUAUUCAAAAAUUUAAAUUUUUGAAAUAAUAGUCUAAUUUUAAUAUUUUAUUAUAAUUUUAACCA